UCCGAACCCAUAUUGCCAAUCGCCUUGAAGUUAGAGUCUCUAACUCGUCUGCGCCUAAGAUUGCUCGACAGAGUGCAGCUUUCGAGCUCUCCCUCUGCUACACGCUCGGAUUUGGUAUAGAUAAGGAUGAAACCAAGGCGUCUGCUCUCCUCAAGGAAGCAGAGAUGACCCCAGAUCAUUUGCUUAGAGAAAUCCGUCUCACGCAAGACCUCUCUCUUGAAGCUACUGAUCAGAAAAGGAUGUACGGUAAAGCGAUGCCUCCAAUGCGUCGCAUAGGAACAAUUGACGACCUUUAUUAUCGAAAGCUUGGAAAUCUCAACAGUGCUACGUCACGACUCCAACAAGAAGUAGGCGACAUUGAAAGUGUGUUUGGGCCAGGUCAUCGCAUCGUUCUUACCUUGAAGUCGACAUUGUCGAAGAUAUACAUAAUUCAAGAGAAGUGGGAGAUGGCUUCAGAGCUGGAGUUGCAAAUUUUGGAAGCGGCUUCCAAAACGGUAUCAGAAGAACACCCGGAUAUGUUGGCUACGAAGGCUAGCAUAGCGGUAAUUCUGGGCAAGCUAGGAUACUGGGAAGACGCUGAAUUAUUGGAGAGCCAAGUUCUGAUUGUGUGUCUAGUCAAUCUAUCAAUAGACGAAAGUUCCACAAUUAAGAGCAUGGAAAGGCUGGCAGCAGCUCUUGGAGAGCAACGAAAAUGGGAGAGAGCUGAGCGGCUAGCUGAGCAAGCUUUGCGAGUGAGAGAAGUCGUGGAUGGUAUGCAGCAUUCCGACACCAAGAACGCCUUGAAAAUUAUAUCAUAUAUCCAUGGGGAAAAGGCCAGUCAGAAUAGUCAAUGCUCUAACGAGUUAUCACUGCCAAAGCAGCCAAAGUGGAGAAAAUCCUUCACAGACUGGCAAGAAGAGCAGAAAUGGGAACUGAGGAAUGAAAGAAUUAAGCUGCAGGCCAUAAAAUCUAAUGAGACCGAAUUGGGAAGCGACCAUCCCUUGACUCUAGACAUAAUGAGCAGUCUGGCAAUACUGUAUCGGAAUCAACAACGCUGGAAGGACGCGGAAAAGCUUGCGAUGGAAGUAGUAGCCGCAAAGAAGAGAAAUCAUGCCCCACUUGCGAUCUUGCAAAAGGACAUGCUGUACUUGGCAUCAGUCUAUUCUGCACAGGGACGGUGGAAAAAGGCAGAGGAAUUGCAGUUGCAAAUUAUUGGUUUGGGACCUGAUGCCGAAUCUCGUGCAGUCGAGCGUCUUUUCCUGUUGAGUCAUUUAGCUUUGACUUACUCAAGAUUGGGACGACUGGGUGAGGCUGAAAACUUGGAGACAGAAGUCAUGGAAGGGUUUAUCAAACACCUUGAACCAGAUCAUCAUUGGACAGUCUGUAGUAUGAAGAGACUGUCAUCUAUAUACACGCAGCAAGGUAAGUGGAAAGAGGCAGAGGUACUAGCGCUGAAAGUGUUAGAUGUAAGAAGGUCUAGCGAUGAGGCAGAUAGUCUUGAGAUUUUGAUGGGAAUUAACAAUCUCGUCAACGUGUAUAUGGGGCAAAAGAGAUGGAGUGAAGCAGAGGAGCUCGAAACACCUGUGUUGGAAAAACUUAAGACAAUGAAGGGCGAGAGAAACCCAAAGACUUUAUUGACUAUGUACAACUUGGCACAAAUCUGGUAUGCUCAAGAGAAGUAUUCAGUGGCUUUAGCUCUUAUGUUUAAGGUUGUUCGCCUUUCGGCUGCACAAUUGGGCUCUUCACACCCUACUUCAACCCGUCGUCAGACAACACUCAAUACAUGGCUUCUUGCGAUAGACGAUAACCUGGUGGACGCGGCGCGGCUCGAUGGGCGAGAGACUGAGCGCUCGAAUUCCAAGGACAUAACGAAAACGUUGCAAAGAUUCACAGAACCAGUAGAAGACAACAACUUUGCCAGCACCGCUGUUCGCAUCGAAUAUCCAACUGGCCGUGACCCCUCCUAUACACUUUCCAUCGUCGUUUGGAAGAUGUCAGCAAGUUCGCGACCAGCUCUAUCGCCUUCAACCGCCUCAGAGGUUCCAAGGGGCGUUCAACAACACUCUGUUGUCGAAAUACCUUCCAUGAAUUUUCGGAACGACUUCAUCUCAUUUCUAGCAGUAGCGCAACAUUACGAGAUUGAUUUCCUAUCCUUGCCCUGGGAGGAAGGCCGAGGCCGGGCUGGAGCAGGCGGUACGGCGGAGGUCUGGCAGGCAAAUGCAAGCAUGCGAAAGGAUUUUGCAUUCAAGCGCGUGGGACAGAAUGGAAAAUCUCACUUUGACAUGCUGGAUGAGCAUAAGCUUUUCAAUGCAUUGGUCUCUGAGAUAUCAGUCGUGAGUCACCCACAGUUACGAUAUCAUCAAAACAUUGUAAAGCUUGAAGCGAUUUCUUUUGAGGUCAUUCCAAAGCAAGACAAAGUAUGGCCGGUGGUAGUACUGGAAAAAGCGCAGCUGAGAGACUUGAAGUCAUAUAUGGAAUCCGAGGCAGGAAGAAUCACAACUAUUGGUGAGAGAAUUGGCCUUUGUGCUGACGUGGCGAGUGCACUGAUUGCCCUACACACCAACGGCAUGAGCCACGGCGAUAUCAAACCCGGCAACGUACUGGUCUUCAGAGACGGCGCCCAAAAUACGUUUGCCAAAUUAGCGGAUUUUGGUUACGCAGGCUGGGCUAGAAAUGGCCAAAAGGAUGUUGUUAUUAAGCUGCCUAAAUCUUGGCCCUGGAAUGCUCCUGAACAUCAUCAUCGAGGCUUCACUGUAGAAGCGGCACAAAAAUCAGACAGGUUCUCGUUUGGUCUGCUUUGUCUUUGGAUCUUGUUCUUUGACAAGCCAAUUGAGGACCCUGAAAAUGCAGAUUUGUUUGCUAAUGAUAAGCAAACUUGGUCAUUUCGCGAGCAUGAGUUACUUGAUAGAUUGAAGCAUGAUGACAAGCUUAGAGAUGUUGCCAACUUAUUGGUAAGUUCGAGGCAGGAGUUGUCAGCUGAUGAACAUCAUAAUUUGAAAUCCUUCUUCUCCUCGACCCUUUUGUUUGAUCCAAACAAGCGAAAGCUAGAUUUCCAUGAACUUACAGCUUUAUUGGGCGAAGAUUGGUCUGCUCACUUCCUCAAGAAUUGGCAGGUCAGGAAACACAUUUUUCAAUGUUUGGAAAAUAGUACGAAAUGUCCUGUAUCUGUUGCGUCAUCAACGAAUGCGGCUUUACAGAUUUCAUUCUGCUACAGGACUGGCUUUGGAGUGCCUUUCAAUGCCCAGAAAUGUCAAAGCUGGCUGACGUUGGCUCGACACUCUGAUAAAGAUCUUCUGACCCGGCUGAAACUCGCAAAAGAAUCCAUGAUAAGAAAUCCAUAUCGCAACGGUGAAUUGCAGUCGCUCUCAGUCGAUGGUCUGCUGCAUACCCAAGGCUCCCAUGUGGCGUACCAGAGCGGUGAGCUAGAAGAAGCCAUACCGAACUACAGGCAAGAAAUACACGACAUGGAAAAUGCCUUCGGCAAACAUAAUUGUUGCUUUUUAGAGCUCAAGUUGAAAUAUACAUCAUUACUUGAGGACCUACAUCGAUAUGCGGAGGCUGAGGAGCAGCUUAUCGCUCUUUUACUGGAUCUUAAGCACGAUUCGAACUAUCGGCGGUUGUUCACAGAGCUCAACUUUCAAAUUGCGACCUCAAGGGAUGUAAGAGCUCGUUUGAAUGGCCUUGACCAAACCACAAGCUCUUUGGAAUCGAAAUUGCCGGAUACAGACGACAAACCUGCCUCAUUAAAUAAAGUAAAAGCAUGCCUUGAGGACCGUUUGCCAGAGACACGCCACUCACUUUUCUAUCUUGCGAAGAAUUAUUUGAAACAGCAGCGCUAUCUCGAGGCAGAGUCAAUACUUUGUUUUCUGACAAAGUCAAAUAUACGCCGUCUCGGGCAGACUCACAUGGAGACUCUGUAUCUAGCUAGCACGCUCGCAGAUGCAUUGCACAGUUCAGGAAAGUACAAGCAAGCCGCAGAUAUCUGUUUGCACAUCUCAGAUAUUCAGACUCAAACACUUGGCAAGCAGCAUCGCGAAACUCUUGCGAAUAGAGCCAGUCUGGCAUCUACGUAUAUAGGCCAAGGUCGCUAUGACGACGCAGAAAAAGUUAUCAAGCCGAUUGUGGAGACACAAAAAUAUAUCCUUGGUAUAGACGACUUUUCAACUUUGACGAGCAUGAGUAUUCUUGCCUCUGUCUAUAUGGCCAAACAUCGUCAUGAGCUCAGCGAGCCCUUGAGACGUCAGCUUGUGGAUGUAUAUAUAAGAAAGUUCGGACCCGAUGAUCCUGAGACUCUAAAUGCUUUGACCUAUUUGUCUGCCGAUCUGGGCGAGCAACAAAAAUGGGACGAAGUGAAAGAGAUUACUCUGAAUGUUCUUGAACGUACAAAGAAGGUCUUUGGUGAAAGCCAUCCCAAGAUCUUAAAUUUGGUUGCCAACCUGGCGGCUGUGCACAAAAAAAAGCUUCUUCUACAUGUUAAUGAGCGAGAGAGAGAUUUGUUUGGGGCGAAGGACAUGGAUCACCUGCGAAGUCAAUCCAACUUAGCACAAGUCUAUAUUGAACAGGGUCGAUAUCAAGAAGGGGAAACUUUGAUACGACCUGUUUUCGCGCUGCUCAGCGAGACUCUUGGGAAAAACCAUCCAAGUACUAUCGUCUCUAAAAUCCGUUUGGCAAGAUGCCUCGAGGCGCAGCAACGAUGGCAAGAAUCCAAUGAUCUUUUCCUUGAAGCAUUCAUUCAGCGCAAGCAGCUUUUGGGCGCGGAAAAUAAUAGAACAAUUGAAAUACUCCGCUUAUACGCUUUUACCUCUUUAUCAUCACUCCGUGCAACAGGAGACCGCCUGCCAUGCAGAUAUGACAACGCUGGGUUGCGAAUCCUCGAAGGAUGA